GUGUGUUUUGUCGCAGAUCCCUUGUUUGUUCCUGGAUUGUCGGGUUGUGUCUGACUUUCUUUUUGUAUCGGACACAGGGCGUGAACGUUCGCAAGGGCCUUUACAAACAGAGAACUAGCCUUCCUAGCAGACAAGUGACCAUGACGGAGGCUUUUAUGGGCUACAGCGAGGACUUUGAGCAGUGCCGCGAUGACGCGAUGGCGGACAUCCGUUCCAUCCCCAAGGCUCGUGACCAGCGCGAGCGUGACGACCUGUCAGAGCGUGCACAGGGCAACAUCUCGGAGGCCGAGCGCUAUAUGCGCAUCCUCGAAAGCGAGUCGCGCGCUGGAGACUCGCAGGACCGUCGACGGAUGCACCAGCAGCUGCGCACCUUUAAGUCGCAAUUGGACAAGCUGAAGGCCAAUCUUGAGCGCUCCAAGCUCAUGGACGGCAGUCAGCAGCGUCGCCAAGCCGCCGCCCCACAAGACAACGUGGCUCGCUACCAGCAGCGCACGGACCGCAUCGACGACCACCUGGAUGAUGCCCAGGCCAUCAUCGCGCGUACCGAGGCCACGGCACAGAACAUUAAUCGGAACUUGGCGGAUCAACGCGAGCAGCUUAUCAACGUCCGCUCGAACGUUGAUGAGACGCGUGAAGACACAGCAGAAGCGGGUAUGCAUCUGAAGAAGCUCAAGUGCAAGAUGGCGUCGCAGAUUCUGUUCCUGUACCUGGUCAUCCUGGGCCUCAUUGUUGUGAUUAUCUGGAGAGUCAUUUCCAAGUUUACAUAAAACACACAAAAGAGAUGGGUCUUAGGAGACACCGAUCACCCUUUAUACCAAAACAUUUUUGCGUGUAACUAAAGAACAAGGUGAAUUGCUUUUUUUUAUUAUGCAUGCUGCGAACAUGAUAGGGCAUUUUACAUUUUAUCGAGGUAACGUGAAACUGCAAUUUUAGGUGGAGUAUUGAAAACCGCCAUUCGAGACCGUCUACUCUCCUGGCAGUUAGCUGCUUGGCGAGCUUUUUGGUUGCUAGAUGAUA